GAGGAACCACAGACCUCCAUGAACGCAGGCCCCAGCAGCAGUGGAGAUCCUGCUUCAUCCAGUUCAACACAGAACUCUGUAGUACCAGAACUGCCGGGAUUUUACUAUGACUCAGAAAAGAACCGCUAUUUUCGCCUGCUGCCUGGACAUAAUAAUUACAACCCACUCACCAAGGAGAGCAUUCAGUACAAGGCGAUGGAAUGCAAAAGAGUGAGACUCUUAGAAGAGGAAGAAAAACAAAAGAAGAAAGCACCGAGGGCUGGACUGAACUCGUCUAUGCUGUUACAGAAAAGGCAGCUGGGUUUGCUCAGCUCCAAAAGUUAUUGCAGGAUGGUCCAUGAACUAAAAGUGAACUGCAUGCAGAGGAAGAAGAUAGAAAUUCACAGUCCAGAUUCCUCAGUUGCUGGAACCAACAAUUUUAAAAUAAUUGUGGCAGAUGUUGCUUGUGAACGGAUAUUCACUGUGAAUGAUGUGGAGCAUGGAGGAUGUAAAUAUGGUAUCAUCAGUCUCAGUGGUUUGGGGAAGGAGUCUCUCACUGUGGAGAUGUAUGAUAACCUCUACUUCACCAACCGCAAAGUGAAUUCUGUGUGCUGGGCAUCAUUGACUCAUCCAGAUUCUCAUCUGUGUCUCAUGGGAAUUGCAGAAACACCAGGCUGUGCCAGUCUGCUUCCAGCAUCAUUGUUCAGCAGCACUAACCCAGGAGAUCGACCUGGAAUGCUUUGCAGUUUCAAGAUAUCCACUGCCUGGUCCUGUGCUUGGUGCCUGAAUCCCCAAGCAGACAACUGUUUCAGCACAGGCCUGACACGACGAGUUCUUGUAACCAAUGUAGUGACAGGGCAUCGACAGACAUUUGGAACCAGUAGUGAUGUCUUGGCACAACAGUUUGCCACACAGACCCCGAUGCUGUACAAUGGCUGCCGUUCAGGUGAGAUUUUCAGCAUUGAUGUGCGCCAACGCAGCCGAAAGGGCCAGAGCUGGAAAGCGAUUCGUCUCUUCCAUGACUCAGCAGUUACAUCUAUUCGCCUGCUUGAGGCUGAACAUUAUCUUAUGGCAGCAGAUAUGGCUGGAAAGAUAAAACUGUGGGACCUGAGAACAGCAAAGUGUGUGAAACAGUACAAAGGUCAUCACAAUGAAUAUGCUGUUCUCCCUUUGCAUGUGAAUGAGGAGGAAGGACUUCUUACAGCAGUUGGUCAGGAUUGCUACACCAGAAUUUGGAGUCUGCACGAUGCCCAUCUGCUUAGAACCAUCCCUUCUCCCCACCCAUCCUCCAAAGAUGCCAUUCCCAGUGUGGUGUUUUCUUCAAGACUUGGGGGUAGCCGAGGAGUUCCUGGCUUACUCAUGGCUGUCAAACAGGAUCUCUACCACUUCUCCUAUAACUGACACCAUAUUCUCCUCAGACCUGGUCUACAAACUUGCCAGCCUAUACAUGACUUCAGAAUUUUUGCACCAGUCACCAGGCUGUUGAGUCACUGUGUGCUGCUGUUGCAUCUGCUUUACUCAUGAAAUUCUGCAUCUCCUUCAGCAGGUUCAGCAAAUCUUGCUGUAUACAUCUCAGACAUCUUGUAAAUAAAAGCGGAAUGCUGUUUAAC